AUGAGGUCUUUCCUCUUCACCCCAAAAUGUCUGUUUGUUGUCUGCAACAUCAUCAUCAUCUUCCUUGUUGGAGAAUCUAAACUGGUGGGCUCUUCCUCCCCAUCACCAGCUGCCGACGACAUCUACGAUGAGUAUAUGAAAAGAAGCCAAAGCCUCCGGAGGUUUUCUUCCCAUGAAGAGAAAAUAGAAGCAAGGAACGACUUGGAGUUGCCUUUGAUUGAAGAGACCAUAAAGAGGGUUCAUGAAGAUGAACAAGAAGAAAGAGGCCAAAACGAAGGAGAAAAGGAGAAUUCAGAAGGAGAUAAUAACAGUUUGAAUGGAGAAGAGGAGCCUGGUUUGCCACCUGAUGAGUUGAAACAAAGAGUCGAAGAUUUCAUUGCAAGGGUCAACAGACAAAGGAGGCUCGAAGCUGAACAAUUAAUAUAA